AGAUGUAACCUGUACUUUGGAGAAGAAAGUCGUCCAGUUGUAACAACAACCAUCUGGGGGAAAAGCAACUCAAAAACCAAUCAGAAGUUCUGUCCGUUUACUGUCACAAUUGAUGAUUUGCGAAGAUAUCUACAUUCAGUUCAACAAAGCUAUUCCACCUGUGAUUACAGUUUAGGAGGUGAACCCAACUCCUUGUCUCCUCGUAGUGAUGGAUACAGACUGAAUGAUAUUGUGGAAAGUGAAUCAUUCAUGCCCCCCACAAAAUCUACAGCCACAGAUUUGCCUGGUGCUUCCACUGUUGUAACUCCUGUAAAACCAGCAUCAGAUAUUGUGGAAAUAGAGUCACACAUGACGCAGACUAAGCCAACAUUUACUAUGACUACAGUUAAUUUGGAAACUGCGUCACACACAACGCAGACUAUGUGGACGUUUACCAUGACCACAGGUCUGACUGUUAGCAAGUAUCAUGCUUCCACUCCUACAACUCCUUCAAAACAAACAUCAGGUCUGACUGUUAGACCAAGCAUCACUGGUAGCUUUAUCUCUACGUCCCUGACACCAGUGAAACCCACACCAGGUCAGACACUUUAUAAGCCUAGCUUUACCUCACAAAACCCAUCAUCAGUUUCAGAAAUAGCCACAGAGAGUGGAGCAACAGCAGGUCCCUCAUCAUCUCCUGAUAAUGUUAUUGAGGACAUGAGACAAGAAACAUUUUUAUGGAAGUUGAUAGCAGUUGCGGCUGGUUUUGGAGUAACUGUGGGUGUGAUCUUAAUGGGACUGGCACUUCUCUGUACCAAAAGAAGAACUGCAGAUGACUUUGUGUGCUUGAGAAAUCUUGACCAUGGAGGAUUGUUACCUGGAGGUAAUGAUGAAGUCUACAGUGUGAUCACUUCAGUAGCUGGUGCUGACUGUUCUCCUGGUUCUGAGAAAUUGAGCAGGCAACAGUCUCAAAAUGAGGAUUCUGACAUAUACCAUGUGUAUGCCACCAUCUCUGAGGAGCCACCUGCAUCAGCCCUGAAUGUCAUGGUGUACAGCACCCUGCAGGCACAUUGA